GUUGCCCUUGAGAGCUUGUGCAUGAUUUUGCCUUUACUCUGUCUUCAUAUGGAACAAUCCCCGCAAAUACAAGGAAGAGCACUUCAAAGUCUGGAUACUUUCAUACGAAAAUCGGACGGAUGUUUCCCCUGGAAUGUGUCUUAAUAACAGCAGCUGUGUCCCUUCUUCUGUAAACCAGCCAUGUUUUUUGUUGACAACAUGGACCGUAGAAGCUUUCCGGGUUCCGUGUCCAAUCACAGAAGACGUCUGUCGCGUAGACGUAUGACUCUCACGGCCGCCGUCGUUUCUGUUUCUGUCCACAAACAGUGCUAAAGCUACCAAAACUGAGAGUGUGUAGGAGAAGAUACUUGUUUUCUCUCAGGUGUAGUUAAUACUCUGUAUUAUACUCUUUAUUUCAACAUCAGUCACCAUUAGCUUGGCGAAUAAGCUGCAGUGAGUGUUAUUAGCGGAUAUAUAACGUUAAUUUUAGCUUGCUCAAAGUUAGGUUUCGUAGAAGACGCCGAGAAACACUUCCUAAAACUCGUCUUUUACCAGCUCUCAGAAACAUGCCGAAGUUGGAGACCUUGCUGGAAGAUGGACUCAGAUCAGAGUUGAUGCUCAAGCAGCAUCUGAAGGCCCUUAGUGAAACUCUCAGGCAGCAGCUGCAGGAGACAGAGAAGAGACAGAAAGAGGAGCUUGAGAAGAGGAUUCAUCAGAACUCUCUACUGUCAACAGAUGUGGAUUCAGAGUCCAGAAAUGAAAUCAAGCAUCAGGCCAAACAUGUGAGAAUGAGGAUAUCUACUUCUACAUCUGCCCUGACUUCAGGCAAAGAGACAUUGAACCAUCCCAGACAGUCAGAGAAGUCAUUUCCUCCAGCCUGUUUAUCUUCGAACUGGAAGAACUGUUCAGUCAGGGCUUCCACACUGGCUCCUGCAGGGAAAGCUCCACAGUGUGAACGGUUUGCUUUAUCUAAGACAACACAAGAGAUGAAAGAAGAUGAGGCCACAGCUGAGUGUCAGAGGAAGUUCUGCGCUCGCCCAGUGCCCAGCCACGUCUUUCAGCCCCUCUAUCAGGAGAUGAUGGAGCUGAAAAAGAAGGAGAGGAAGCAGGGCCUUGAGCAGAGGAGGGACUUUUUGCUCUCUUGUCAAAGACCUUUCAGCUUCCAGGAGAAAGAAAAGGAGAAAAGGGAGAAGCUAAUAGCGUUGUUAAACCAAGUCAAAGAAGACCAGAAAACCAAGGCUGCUGCUCUAAGGAAACCUCCACACAGAGAGAACAAAGACCCGUCUGAUUCACGGCCGAAAGACCAGGAGCUUUGCAGACAGAUCCCCACUCAGACGAUAGUGCCACAUGAGAAUCGUACCGUGUCAGGAAGCCCCAAACUCCGCACUGCUGAGCGCACCAGGAAAGAAAAGUUGGGCUUUCUGGAUGAGAGACCCAGCUUCCAGCCAAAAAUCCUCCAGCGGGUCCCUGAUUUCAGCAGGCUGCACAAAGCCCUGCAGACAGAAGGGCUGAGAAAAACACAGAUUAAAGACAUGAUAAAAUGUCAGCCCUUCUUUCUGAGGACAUCAGCAAUCCCUGCAAGGCAAAGUAGGACCAGCCCUGAGAAAUCACAGCUACCUAACAAAAGUAAUAUCAGCAGAAGCAAGUCACUUGGGGCCUUAACGUCACUGUCUGCAGACACACUCCCUACAUAUAUCACAGAUGCUGCAAGGAAGCGCUGCAUGGCUAUCAGAAAGUCAAUGGAGAUGAGGGAUAGCAAGAAUCAAGAGAGUUCAGAGUGGUUGAGGAAGCAUCAAAUGAGGUCGCAAGCCAUGAAGGAGACAAUCUCUCUUCAUGCCAAGCUGCUGGACCCACACAGCAGCUUGAAAGAAGUGUAUAAUGACAAACUUCAGCACCAUCGAGAGGCUGACCAACAAAGGAUGAGAGAGUACACGAGGGAGUUACGGGAUAUGAAGGCACGAGUUAGCGAACGCCCUUAUCUCUUCGAACAGGUCAAACAGAAAAAUGCAAAAGAUCUCGCAGAGCAGACAUACAGGAACAAGCUGAAGACAGCUGGGUUAAAGGAGCAAUUUGUUGAAGAAAAUGGAGAAGAAGCAUCUAUAUCUGUGAAGGAUACAGAUGAAAACAGCAGCACGGAGAAAGCCAUUCCCAGCAGGGAGGAAAAUGUAGACGACGAGGAGAAAAUUGAAUAUGUGGAAGAGAAGAGCGUGAAGUCCAAAGGGGAAGAAAUGCCAUGAUCAAAAAGGUCAAAGCGGCAAAAGUUUUUUAUGGCUUCUCCGCUACAAAACAACACUGUCCUCAAAAAUGAUUUAUGUCACAGCUAACUAUCGGCACCAAGCUUUUGAUAGUUUAGGAUGUGCAACUGCAAAUUAUGAAAUGACAAAACAUCUGGACUAUACAAUCAUAAAUGUUAGGGAUUACAGCUGGAAGAGUAGCACAAGAACUGUAUAUGCGAAUAAGAAAUACAUAUUAUAUAUGCUUUAAGUGUAUGUCUGUAGGAUCUCCACUAUAUAUCAAACAGAUGAAAAAAAUGGAGAUGAAAUAACGUUUUUAUUUUGCAAUUAU